ACCGCGAACCAAUACAAAGUGCGGUGAAAUAAACGCAAAGAAGGAAGUUGUUUACGAUCAUACUGUAUAUACUGUCUAUGACUGUAACAGCUCUGAAUGAAGGUGGACGUGUGUAGCUAGAUGGACUGCUAUUAAACACUUUAUUUUAGACCAAAAGGAGUUCAUCUUUCCGUUAACAGGAAGAAAUGGGCGACGGUGACAAAGUUUGCUGUGUGCUUUGUCAACGGUCUGAAGAGACGGAGAUAACCGGACCGUUAUCGACUAAUGAUGAAGUCACGGCUCAUCAGAACUGUUUGUUAUUUUCCUCAGGUCUUUAUUGCCGGAAUUCCCCACAGUUUGACGAUCUUUUUGGAUUCUCUGUGGAGGAUGUGCUGAGUGAGGUGAAACGAGGAAGCAAACUGAUAUGUAGCUUAUGUAAGUUAAAGGGUGCCACUGCUGGGUGUGAAGUCCGACGCUGCAAGAAGUCCUACCACUACCCGUGUGCUGUUAAAGAUCAUGCGGAGAUUGUUGAGGAUGCAGACCGGGGGGAAUAUGGGCUGUACUGCCUCAAUCACUGUCCACAAACACAAGAAAACAAUGGCUCCAUAAACGGAAGUCCCUCUUCCUCCACAAAGUCCAGAACUUCCAAAAGUUCCAGUGAAGCCGGAUCAUCUAAGAAAUAUUGCCUUGCCUGUAAGAAGGUAGAAGGAAAUAUCAGCUUGGAAAGUUCAUAUUCUAGCGUUGUUAUGUUAUAUUGUGACAAACAUGCUCCUGCAUCUCAUAGGAGGAACACCAGCGGUGGUUCUACAGCUGCCGGACAACCAUCCGUGUACAGCAGUGACUCCAACUCAUCCAGCAGUGCGGCGCGUUCAUCUUCCAAGAGACGAUUGAAUUCCACUAACAAUCACAGACAGGAAGAGACCCCCUCUAAACGUAAAUCUAAAGGCUGUAAAAGGAUCGUAUCGGAUGAUUCCAAUUCAGUUGAUAAUGUACUUGAUUCAGAAAUGGCAAUAUUUGCCCCUUUAGAGAUGGAUUUAGACGAAAGUGCCAACUCUGUUCCAGAGCCCCAGUUGAUCAGAAAAGACACUGAGAGUCCCAUUGGGUCCACCUCAGGAAAUCACCUAGAGGAAGAGAACAAAUAUGACAAUAAAGAAGAAGAUGAAACAUUCAUACAUUCAGAUGCUGAAUCAGAGAGUCUGCUACUUCCUGUGUCUCGGCCAUGUUUAGUGACAGCCUCAACUCAGACUGCAUCAACCUUACUUCCUGCUGUUUUGUUGAAGACAGAGGCACAGAAGGAAGAUGAAGAGCCAAGCACCUACUCCACCAGCUUCUGGAAAAACUGCAACGUGGCAGGAUGCACACAGGCUAUCUUUACUGGUUUCAUUAAUGAGAUGAACGAUAUCUCCAGCAGAAUCCAGGCAGACCAGGCCACCCAGGAGGAUUGUGAUAUUGCACUAACAGUGAUGAUGGCUUCUAGGAAACUGGCAGAGCUCGUGGCCAAGCAGAAAGAUGAGUUAGAAAGGAAACAAAAGGAACUGCAAAAGGCGGCAGCAGCUAUGGAGGAGGCUGCCUCGGCACUGAGGAGAUGAGUUCAUCAGCAGCUCCCAUAACAACAUGGAUGUCAGUGUUUACUGUUUUACUGUUACUGUUUUUCUUAUUUGUCAGUGAUUCCCACUGUUGGUUGUAUUUCAAAUGAAUAACAUUGGAAUCAUCAUGACAUAGUAUAGUAUGACAUUUUAUACAACCACUAUUUGUAUGUAUAGUUAAGACAGUGAAAAAAGGCUGGAUGUGGAAACCCAAAACUGUAACAGUAUUUGGCAUUGAUAAUUCAAAAAGCACUGAGAGUUAAAAUGUUUAAUUCUUACAACAUGAUCUAAGAUUUCAGCCUGUGAUCAUGAUGCUUUUAGAAUUAAGUUGUAAAUGGUGUUCCAAUUAGAAAAUAUGUCACAGGAAUGUCAUAUUACAUGACAUUACAUUUUCACUCAACAAAAGGGUUUAAUUUAAAAACCUGUACUGAACAUGAACAAUUGGAAAGAGUAGUCUUGAAAAUGUUCCUCAUCCAACACUAGCUGAGUUGAGCUUGGAUGUUUUGUACCAUUAGCUCUUUUUUCCAGGUAGAUGGAAAUGUUGAAAUACCAAAACCGUAUUGGAUUUAAGUCUUGAUUUAACAAGUUUACUAUAAAUAGUUCAAAUUAGUAAUCAAAGUACAGAAGAGCUGAAAUGAUGCAGCAGGUUACAGUUGAGUAUUUGCAAAGAAUUUUCUACAGCCUGAUCGCACAGUGGAGUCCAAAGUCUGUUUCGUCCACGUCAUUAUCAAAGAGGAAUUCAUGUUUAGUCUUCUUUGUUAAGGAUUACAUUUUUUCCGUUAGAUUAAAAUUGAUCUUUUACAUGAAA